UUUUUCCUCUUGGUUUUCGCUUUUUUUUGGAGGAGAGGGAAGAGGGGGAAGCAACGUGUAUUUUUGGGUGCAAACCCCGGACUUUGCAAAACAGUCUCCGCCCCCAAGAGGAUAUUUAAUCUGCAACAGAAAUCGCUACUCGCGGAGGCAAACUUGAGCCGGGGAAGGGGCGCAGGGAGCGGAGGAAGGACCCCCGCCCGUUCCCGGCCCCAGCGGAGCACGACCCCCGCAGGGGAAGAUGCAUUUCUCUUUCCCGGCGGCUGCUCUUGGGACGAGACUUUCGUCUGGACUGAUCGGGACUGGACUUUUUAAGGACGCGCUUACCCAUCUAAGGGCGAUCUGGGCAUAAACAGCAACGCACACUGAUUUGGUGCUGGAAGCUGCCUCUGCCACUGAACAGCUGCUCUCACCCUGCCUCUGUCCCUCCCCCGUCCCAUUCUCAGAAGAGGAUCCUGAGCUAUUUUGCUGCCUUUUUUUUUAAUUGUUGUUGCAUGAAUUUUAUUUUAUUUUAGGUGGUUGCCUUUUCCAGCUGGCUUGGCUGCUCUGGUGUCUUGCAGACUGCUAGCUGCAGUAGCAGCUCCACCACCUCUCAUCAUGGCUAGCCCCACAGAUAACAACGAGGGCUUCUUCUCAGAUGUCAGAAAGGUGGGUUACUUGCGCAAACCCAAGAGCAUGCAUAAACGUUUUUUUGUGCUGAGGGCAGCCAGUGAGUCUGGACCUGCACGGCUGGAAUAUUACGAGAAUGAGAAGAAAUGGAGACAUAAGUCAGGGGCCCCUAAGCGCUCCAUCCCACUAGAAAGCUGCUUCAAUAUCAACAAACGGGCUGACUCCAAGAACAAGCACCUGGUGGCCCUCUACACCAAGGACGAGCACUUUGCCAUUGCAGCUGACAGCGAGCCUGAACAGGAAAGCUGGUACCAAGCACUGCUGCAGUUGCACAACAGGGCCAAGGGACACCACCACCUCCAUCACCAUCACCACCACCACCACAGCGACGUCACCUUUGGAGGCAGCAGUGCAGGACUGGGGGAAGCAGGUGAGGACAGCUAUGGUGAGGUAGCCCCUGGCCCAGCUUUUAAGGAAGUUUGGCAAGUAAUUCUGAAGCCUAAGGGCCUAGGCCAGACAAAGAACCUGAUUGGCAUCUACCGCCUGUGCCUGACUAACAAGACUAUCAGCUUUGUGAAGCUGAAUUCAGAUGCUGCUGCUGUGGUGCUGCAGCUGCUCAAUAUCCGCCGCUGCGGUCACUCUGAGAACUUCUUCUUCAUUGAGGUGGGGCGCUCGGCAGUCACUGGGCCCGGUGAGUUCUGGAUGCAGGUGGAUGACUCGGUGGUGGCACAGAACAUGCAUGAAACCAUCCUGGAGGCCAUGCGAGCCAUGAGUGAGGAAUUUAGGCCCCGCAGCAAGAGCCAGUCCUCCUCAAACUGUUCCAACCCCAUCUCUGUGCCUCUUCGAAGUAGGCACCACGUCAACAACCCUCCACCUAGCCAAGUGGGACUCAGUCGCCGGUCCAGAACUGAGAGCGUCACGGCCACCUCUCCCGCUGGUGGUGGAGGUACAGGUGGCAAACCCAGCUCUUUCCGGGUUCGAGCAUCGAGUGAUGGGGAAGGCACGAUGUCAAGGCCUGCCUCUGUGGAUGGUAGCCCAGUUAGUCCCAGUGCCAGCCGUACCCAUUCACACAGACACCGUGGCAACUCCAGGCUCCAUCCUCCACUCAACCACAGCCGGUCCAUCCCAAUGCCUUCUUCACGCUGCUCUCCUUCAGCCACCAGUCCAGUCAGCCUGUCAUCCAGCAGCACUAGUGGCCAUGGCUCAACCUCAGACUGCCUGUUUCCACGAAGGUCUAGUGCUUCUGUUUCUGGCUCCCCUAGUGAUGGUGGAUUUAUUUCUUCUGAUGAGUAUGGUUCCAGCCCGUGUGACUUUCGCAGCUCUUUUCGCAGUGUGACCCCAGAUUCACUGGGACACACCCCACCAGCUCGGGGUGAUGAAGAGCUCAACUACAUCUGCAUGGGGGGGAAGGCCACCUCCUCCUGCUGCAGUCUUGCAGCCCCCAAUGGGCAUUUCAUCCCCCGCACAUGCCACCUGCAGCAGCAGCCCCGCUACCCUAGCACACCAUGCUGUCCUCGAGGUGGUAGCGAGGAGGUUGCUGACUUGGAGAAGGCAUUCAGGAAGCGGACUCAUUCUGCAGGCACUUCACCCACCAUCUCCCAUCAGAAGACACCCUCACAGUCUUCUGUGGCCUCCAUUGAGGAGUACACAGAGAUGCUGCCUUCUUACCCCUGUGGUAGCAGCCGGCUGCCCUCCUACCGUCACUCAGCCUUUGUACCCACUCACUCCUACCCAGAGGAGUGUCUGGAGAUGCACCACCUGGAUAGCAGCCAUCAUCGGACCAACUCUGCCCCCCACACGGAUGAUGGGUACAUGCCCAUGUCACCUGGUGUAGCUCCUGUGCCCAGCGGCGGGGGGCCCCCCAAGGGCGGAGACUACAUGCCCAUGAGUCCUAAGAGUGUAUCGGCGCCACAGCAGAUCAUCAACCCUGGCAGGGGGGGCCGUCACCCUCCAGCCACGGUGGACUCCAAUGGCUACAUGAUGAUGUCCCCCAGUGGCAGCUACUCCCCUGAGAGCGGCUCUGCGGGCUAUGGCAAGAUCUGGGCGAAUGGCGCCGGCCACCACCCAAAACUCUCAGUGGAGAGCAACGAAGGGAAGCUCCCCUGUGGUGGCAGCGACUAUAUUAACAUGUCCCCAGCCAGCGGCUCCACCACUAGCACUCCGCCUGACUGCUAUUUCGGGAGUGUGGGGCAGCCGGGUGUCGAGGAGGUCGCCGCCACAGCCCACCACAAGCCCAUCUACUCCUACUUCUCUCUGCCGCGCUCCUUCAAGCACGUGCACCGGCGGGGCGGCAGCGGGCCGGCGGUGGCGGGUGAGGAGGGCAGCCCUCAGCCUCGCAUCGCUCUCGGCUCCGGCCGCCUCCUCUACGCCGCCGAAGACUCAUCCUCCUCCACGAGCAGCGACAGCCUGGGUGGCGGUGGCGGUGGCACAGAGGGCGGCCCCCCGCUGCAAGCGCAGCCCCCGCGCAAGGUGGACACGGCCGUGCAGACCAAGGGCCGCCUGGCGCGACCCACGCGGCUGUCGCUGGGCGGCCCCAAGGCGAGCACCCUGCCGCGGGCCCGGGAGCAGCCCCCGCUCCUCCUGCCCCCGGAGCCCAAGAGCCCCGGCGAGUAUGUCAACAUCGAGUUCAUCGCCGGCGACAAGCCGGCCUUCCCCUCAGCCGUUCUGGGGCUGGGCUUGCCCCCGCCGCCCGGCAGCGAAGCUGCUGGAGAGUACAUGAACAUGGAGCUGGGGCCGCCGCGGCCCCCCUGCACGCCCGGCUUCGCCGCCGGACGGUCAGGACCCACGGCCCGGCCCGGCCGAGGAGCCGCCCCCAGCGGCCGGGACUACGUAAUAAUGCAGCUGGGGGGCGCCGCCGCAGGGGGUUCUUGCUCGGACUGCACCGAUAGCCCUUCCCCGUGUUCGCCUGCCCGCCUGCUCAGCUACGCCGACGUGCGGGCGGGUCGCUCCGCCGCCGAGAAGCCCUCGCCGGCGGCGGCGUCGACGGCAUCCCCGGAGCUGCCGCGGCCACCGGCCGAGCUGUCGGCGGCACCGCCGCGUUCCUCCUCCCUGCUUGGGGGCCCUGGCGCGGGCAGCGCCUUCACCCUCGUCAGCAUCAGCCCUGGCCGCAACCAGAGCGCCAAGGUGAUCCGCGCCGACCCGCAGGGCGGCCGGCGGAGGCACAGCUCUGAGACCUUCUCCUCCACGCCUAGCGCUGCUCGCGGAGCAGCGGGCGGCGGCGGGCUCGGGGCGCCCUUCCCCUGUGGCGGCGCGGGGGGCGCCGAGGAGGUGAAGCGGCACAGCUCGGCCUCCUUCGAGAACGUAUGGCUGCGGCACGCAGCGGGGGAGGCGGCCGGGGCCCCCGCGGGCCGCCGGGAGCUGGGGACCGCCCCCGCUCAAGAGAACGGGCUCAACUACAUCGACCUGGACUUGGUGAAAGACUUCAGCCACCGCCGGCACCACCUCCACCACCCCGCCGAGGGCGCCGCUCUGCCGGGUGGGAAGCAGCCGCCGCCGCCGAAGCCCGCGGGCCAGCCUCGCGGGAGCGGUCACUCCAGCGACGACUUGAGCGCGUACGCCAGCAUCAGCUUCCAGAAGCGAGAAGAGAUGUAGGAGCUGGGCGCCUGCCGGGGAAGAAUGAUGACCUAUACAACCUCAGCAAAUCCUUCUUUUAACUCAUGGGUAUCAAGACUAUAAAUGUUUCAUGCUACCACAACUAGGACCUCACCUCCUCCUCCUCUUCCUCUGUAAAUGGGUACGAUGCAUCCAGUUCAGUUUGUUUACUUUACACAAACCUCAGGAGUUAGUUGACUGAGCUGCACAUCCUGUGUUGUGCCAAGCAGAAGCACUGUGACACCUGGACAAUGAAUCUCUCUUAACUUCAUCCUCUACCAUAAGGACUUAGCUGGCCACAAUGAACUGAUGUGCCCACCACUACAUCAUGGUGAGAAUGGGUAUUUUACUAGCACAUUUACACAACUUCAUUUGCUGCUGAAAACCUGUAUGACAAAUCAUCAUUGUAAAUUAUUACGUACAAAACUUAAUGUUGGUUGAAGAGUAUUAAAUAUUUAACAUAGGUUUUGAUUUAUACAUGUACUUUUUUAAUUAAAAUGUAACUUUUCCUACAGCACAUCAUUUUUGAUGUGGAACUGAGGUAUACUAUAUUCUGUUGUAAACAGAGUGGGAAACCUGCUUAAAACAAGGCUUCUAAGAAUAGAGUGGGGUACUAUUCUUGUUUUAAGAUUGUAAUUCAGAAAAUAAUAUAAAAUGAGUCAUUGGUCCCUGGGCCUUGAUUGUACAGUCAUAUUUACUGAUACUAUCAGUUGUAAGAUAACCCUGAUGUUGAGUUGAGUUCUUUCCAAAAGAAAAAUAAUUUUGUACUCCUUGUAAAAUAAUAGUCUGUAUUAACUACAAUGAAGACAAACAUUACUGUAUAUGGUAUUUACAAGUGUCAACUUGAAUUCAUCAAUUGCACAGAUCAAAAAAAAAAAGAAUCAGAAAAAAGAAAUCAAAGUCUUCCACUGUAUAUAUUGUAAAGAAAAAAAAAUCAACCAAUAGAAAACAAAAUUAAAACAAAAAAGGGUGAACUUUUCAAAUUGACUCUUUCCCUGGAAUGAAAAUGUGGGUGUUUGUAAAUUCUGGAAAUCUCUUUCUAUAUGUAAUAAACUAGAUACUGUUUUAUCUGC